AUGGAAACGAUAGGUCAGCCUGUCACGGCAAAGGAUGAGGAGCGGCCGCCCAUGUUGCCGUACUCUGAUGUGACUGCCCGACCGAAGAUGACGGAACUCCCAUGCACUCAGCCGAUGUCAUUUAACUUUCCGUUCGCGCACUUCGCGUUGAUGUAUAUCAACCGCCAUGGGGAACUCCAGGUGGAAGCCUCACCCUCGAUCGCGGGGUAUGAGAAGGGAAUCUUUACAGAGGAUGUAAGAGAAAAGUUCCUCAAGUCCGCAACGGUUGGAUGGCAGCCAAAUAUGCAGUCUGGCACAGUUGGUCACAUGGACAACGACAUCACGGGAAAGCAACAAGCCUUUCUGGCGAAUCCCACGGCCCAGAUCGGCUUACAACAAUCGUCGGGCAGCUGGUAUCAACCACAGUCUGGACUCAUUCCUUGCGAGUGGCAAUCGUUUCAGAACAAGCGUCACCGUCGCAACAUGAGACGGGUGGGCUCUGCGUACGGCCAAGAUUCGGAUUCGAUCUCACCCACACCUUCACUCCGGUGGUCUGCGCUUCGAGUUGGAAAUCAGGAGCUUUUGCGAACUUAUUAUGACAAAGCGUUCGAGAAUUUCCAGCAGCUGAACUGUCGAGCGAUUGCAAAAGCCUUUGUCAAGCUGGUGGAACCCCGAAAGCAAGUCAACCACCCGUACAAUGGCCGGAAGACAACGGGAGGAUCAUCGCAGCGGGUCGACCCUGAGUUGACAAAGCCCAAAUGGUGGCCAGCAGGAGUCACUCACCGGGAGCCGGACCAUCUUCUAAAAGCAGUACCGGCAGAGCGCUCACAGGUCCUCGACGAGAUUUACUACGUUCGAGAGAUGGAGGAAAUGUAUCUCGACGGGAAGAUCAGUGGAGAUACCGUCAUCCAUGUGUCCCAUGUCCACAUGGGAGAAGCGUGUGUUGCAUCUGAGCUGCAGGCGCAGGUAACUGAUUCCAGCUUCUGUGACCCGUCUCUCGCGACGAGCUCGAUGAAGAGGAACGUGUCUAAUAUUGUGGACAACCAGUACCACGGAAUUGGCCAUGAAGCGCCUCAGUCAUCUUUUGAGGGAGGACAUGCCACCAUGGCAAAUUAUCAGACAAAACAAUCGAACGCGCAAGACACUCACCCUCCUUUGUCUCCGGCAUCCUCUCCUUCGAUCAGCCGAAAGAGUUCGUUGGAGAGCAGUCUUACAACCUAUUCAGAUGAUAUACAUCCGGGCGUGUUGGCUCCCAGCGACCAGAACCGUGGUCUCUGCGAACCUAAAGACGUCAAUCCCGGGGGAGUUUCAUGUUUGCCGGAAUACUUCACGCAGCACAUGGCGACUCAGACAACAACACAGCACCAUAAUGCGGGGUUCUGGAAUCCUCUGCCUCAUGCGCAUCAACCUUUAGCCUUCCCGGGCUACUGA